AUGUGUAGCUCACGCGUUCCGGUCUCCGGCAGGCGCCGUAGUUCCGUGUUUAGCACAAAACCAAAAUGGAUUCAAGUACCACAGAUUGUGCCGUUUUCUCCGGAUAUUCAGCCAUCCGCUGUAGUGGAUAACCUCUCAUCGGAGUUACAGUACGAAUUUCGUGUGCAGGCCAUAAACAAAGCUGGUCCUGGACUUUUCAGCCAAUCGAGCGACACUUCUGUUCCACUAGUCAAGGCUCCCCGAGUGCCAAACAAACCAGGAAUACCGACCGCUGAGGCUCAAAGUGAUAGUAGCGUGAUGGUUACUUGGACACCGUCGGUGGUGACCGAUGAGUUUGGACCCGCUGAUUACUACGAACUAGAAGCAGAAGAAGAUGAUGAUAAGCGCACCGUGGUAGGAAGAACGGCUAAACAGGGUGUCUGCGAACUGCUGGUUGACCAUCUGGACAAUUCCAAGCGUUAUUCGUUCCGCGUCCGCGGGCUGAAUCAAGAGGGGAUGGGCGAGCUAUCGAAGCCGUCCAAUACAGUUUAUUUGAAGAAAGAUGCACCAUUGACAAUCACUAAGGGCCUACAAUCGAUCGUAUCGGAGACGCUGCCGGAGCGUCUCACUUUCGAAUGUUUCAUCUCCAAGGUAGCCAAUAAAGUUCAGUGGUUCUUCCAUGGUAAACGAAUAGACUCUGCAAGUGCUCGAAAGUAUGAAAUCACCGACGGUGGCCUCUCACAUCGUCUCGAUGUGCUCAAAGUGACAGCUGAAGAUAUCGGUGAAUACUCUAUCCGUGUGGACAAGCUGGAGUCCAAGGCCACCUUCGAGUUGGAAGCUGCUCCACGCCUGUGUUUGCCGGACAACUUUGAGGACUCGAUAGUUAUUCACGAAAACUCGAGUAAAACCUUAGACAUUCCUUUUCUGGCCUCACCACAAGCCACUGAGAUUGUUUGGUACUGGAAUGGGUCCAGGUCCCUUCCCGAGCCGAUGAAACGUACUGUACCGAAAAAUGACAUGACUGGAAAAGCCGUGCUGAUGCUCAGCAAAGUCGAGCGGACCGACGCCGGAUUGUACGAAGUAGUUAUCAAGAAUCCUUUUGGAGAAGCUAGAUGCGCUAUUACUGUUAAAGUGCUUUCUGCUCCUGGACCAGUGCGCGCAUUGGAAGCGAACGUAGAGACAUCCAAGGAAGUAGUGCUGUUGUGGAAACCUCCGGCGGACGGGGAUGAUGGUGGGUGUCCGGUGACAUCAUAUCGAGUGGAACAAAAAGUUGUCACUCCACCCUCGGGGGCCGCUGUUCGAAAACACGCCACUGACUGGACCCCCAUCGCUACAGUGAAGGCGAGUAGUCAGAUAACUGAUGAAGAGCUUUUCGUCCAUCAUGUCGAAAAUCUUAUCGAAGGCACGACGUAUGCGUUUGCAAUAAGUGCAGUGAAUGAAAUUGCCACUGGACCGCGCACAGAAACAUCGAGUGUCCUCAUGAAAUCCCCCUUCGAUAAGCCUGGCAGUCCGAAGGAUUUGACUUGCAGACCAGUGGAUGAGAAGAGUGUUGAGCUGGAAUUUUGUCUACCCAGAGUGGCAGAUGCGGCGCCCAUCACAGAACUAAUCGUCGAACUGCGCUCAACAGAUCAAACAAGGUGGAACACUCUGAAGUUCCCACCGGACACGAAAGUGCUGAUUCCAAAAUUGGAUACCAAUGUCACAUAUGAGUUCAGAGUAUCAUGCAGCAACGUUGCAGGCACAAGCGAACCCUCACACGUGGUCAGGGGUCAGACCAAACGACCACCGAAACCUCCUGGUGCUCCCCGUCUACUGGAUGCGGUGCCGUUUCAAACAGAUAAGGUGAAAGUUCAGUGGACUGCUCCGGAGGAAGACGGAGGAGAUACCAUCAUUGCUUAUUCGAUAGAGGUCACUGAUAGUUCUACUGCGGAACGAUGGAAAUCUGUGGAAACAUAUCAACUGGACCACGCCGAACAAAAACCGAUAGUCGGAGAACCCUUUGAAACUGUAUUAGGAAAUUUGGACAGCACGAAGUCGUAUCGAGUCCGAGUGGUGGCUAUGAACCGCGUAGGGCCAGGAAAACCAUCUAAUGCAUCGGGUCCCAUUUCACCAGGUGAAUCCGUGAGCCUAGUGCGCCCACUCUCUGACGUAUGGUUCAAUGAACUUCCCGGUCCUGGUGUCACCGCUGAGUUGGAAUGUGAGCUAAGCCAUCCGGACUGUCGCGUUCAGUGGCUACGACAGGAGAAACCCAUUCAACUGGGGCGAAAAUUCGACUUCUGUCCGGAAGGUUCAGUGUACCGCUUGGUUAUAAGGGACGUCACUGUGGCUGAUUUCGAUACGUAUCAGUUGAAAUUCAAGCGAUUGAAGACUGAGGCGACGAUAGGAGCCAAGAUUGCACCGACCCUACGGGAGGAUGUAGAGCUAACUGAUCGUCGCCAAGUUUCCGUUGGGUCAAACGUCGUACUCAGCGUGCCAUUCACUGCCUAUCCGAAGCCCAAAAUCACGUGGUACUCUCGUGGCUCCGUUGUAACUGACGCCACACGCCGCUAUCACAUCGACAUCGUUUCCGGUCUCACAUCCUUGUCAAUCCAGCGCGCUCAGCGAGAUGAUGCUGGUCAAGUAAGCGUAUCUAUCGAGAACGAGCAUGGAAAACUGACUUGGAAGUGCGACUUGGUCGUUAUAGACAAACCUGGGCCACCGGAGCGAGUUGGCGCAGAGGUUACGACCCCUCACGGGUACGUUCGUUUGAAUUGGCGGCCUCCACGAGAUGACGGGAGCAGUCCAAUCACGGGCUACGAAGUCGAAUAUCGCAACACGAAAAGGCGCGUAUGGCAGCUCCUGAAAACCGGACCGCAGGAUGACGAUACGGUUCUCUGUGUCUCAGUCGAUCAAACAGAAUGCUUGAUUCCUGUUAGUGACAAAGAAACUGCAAAUGCCUUAGCGGCAUGUAGCGAAUACUACUUCCGGGUGGCAGCUCUGAAUGUGGUCGGUCGAGGGCAGCCGGCUGAAACAAAGACCCCGACUAAAGCCCCUCCGAAACCAAAACCACCGAAACUCGUCUACGACGCAGUCUUGGAAUCCUCUCGGCUGAAUGUGGGACAGAAGCAUACGAUUCCUGUUUCAGUUGAGGGGGAGCCUACUCCUACAGUUACCUGGUUAUACAGUCCCAAUGAAGCAACCGCGCCAACCGAGACGCUCCCUAUGGGGGCGCGGACUGAAGCCUCUGGACCAAAUAAGGAUGGAAUCAACAAAGUUUCCCUGAACUUCGGGAAGGUCAGCCGAGAAGUGCACGGCAUUUACACCCUAGUAGCCGUGAAUGACGGGGGCGAGGCCCGUGCUCAGUUCUCUGUCGUCGUCGCAGGUUUACCCGGUCCACCGAUCAAUCUGGCACCCGUAUGUGCAAGCAGCAACUCAGUACGUCUUACUUGGCAACCACCAACGGACACAGGCGGGGUGAAACUGAGAAAUUACGUGAUCGAGCAUGCUGUUGCUCCCAACGAGUUUUCAGCCUCUUCUGCAGUGACUACCUGGCGCACAGCAACGACAAAUUUGCCCGCUACAGAGGCCGCUGACAGCACCGGUGUGUGCACAUACGAAAUCACUGGGCUGACGACCGGUGCAUUAAUGUUCUUCCGUGUAGCCGCUGAAAAUAAACUUGGUGUCGGCGCUUAUACGGUUACGAAUGAACCAUUCCGGAUCGCGUCGCCACACGACCUCCCCGGUGCCACACGGGAUUUACAUGGUACGGUGUCCAGGGACGGACAAGUGCAAUUGGAUUGGAAGCCUCCCCAGAGUGACGGUGGGUCGAAGAUCCUGAAGUAUAGUAUUGAAAGAAACAGUGCUCCAACGGGAGCCAACUGGGUGGAGCUUCUUGUCACCGAUACCGCUGAUACGAAGUGUCUGAUAAACAAUCUUAAAGAAGGCGAAUGCUACUUCCGCGUCUCCGCAUUGAAUGAAGCUGGCAAAGGUCCGGCUUCAAAUGUGAUAAAAUUGACGGUGAAGAAAGCGAAAGCCGAACCGGAUGCUCCAAGCCAACCCACAGUGGAGAUAGUCAAAGAUGGAUGUGUUCAGCUUCGUUGGGGACAGCCACUGGACGAGGGUCUGGGUGGACCCAUCACUGGUUACCUCGUUCAGCUAUGUGAACUGGGCUCGACUGAUUGGCGUCCGGUCAAACGGGAAUUAUGUGAAACUUGCGAGUUACGUUUGGAUGGUUUGGACGCGGACAAAGAUGUAAUGUUUCGGGUGGUCGCAGUAAACGAGGCUGGCAGGAGCGCUCCCUCAGAAAGCACCAAGCCUGUUCGUUUGUCUUCGGACCUGGAGUUUGUUCGUCACUUACAACCGAUCUGCAUUACCAGCCUUCCUGCGGACGCCGUCUUUGAGUGCGAACUGUCUCGACCUGGGGUGACGUUGACCUGGUUCAAAGAUGGAAGAGACAUACUCUCAUCCACUCGCUGCGCUUACAGCGUUGUUGGUGAGGGGGAGAAAGCCUUUUGCGUUCAUCGCCUCACUUUGACCAGACUCGGUCCGUCUGAUCAAGGUGUGUACACUGCACAGCUCCAUUCUGGGCUCAAAUCCGAAGCCGAGCUCAGUUUUGAAUGCCCACCGAAAAUAUUAUUCGACGGGUCCACAGAGCUCAAGCUUGUUGCCGGGAAAAGCGCCGUUGUUGAGAUACCAUAUUCGGGCGCCCCAGUUCCAGAUGUAAACUGGAGCUUCAAUGCUGGCCCUCUGCCUAUUGGGCCGGUCCGAGAUAGCCCAAUGGCUUCAGUGGACACUGUCUAUGGUUUGACAUGUCUCAGGCUCCGGCGGGUUACGCGUGAAGCUGCCGGAUCGUAUAAGAUUCUGGUGAGCAAUGAGCUCGGGCAAGCCACCCUCCAACUGAACGUGUGUGUGUUGGAUCGGCCAGAGCCAGUCAGGAAUCUACGGUGCUCUGUAGACGAGAGUCAGCCAAACACGGUCACCGUUGCCUGGGACACCCCGAAGGAUGAGGGUGGGUCACCAAUCACCGGCUACCUUUUGGAGAAACGCGAGGCGAACAAACGAAGCUGGACUGCAUUGGGAGCAGCUGAACUAGGUCUGAGUCGAAAUGUAACCGGGCUGACUCCCAACACCUCAUAUUUCUUCCGAGUCAUGGCGCAAAACGCCUCCGGUUGUUCAGAACCAACCGAGACUGAUAUUCCUUUUGUUGUGAAGUGUACAUCAAAACCUCCGACCCCCCCAUCAACACCGGAAGUGACGGAUGUCGGAACUGACUCUUGUCGUGUAAUUUGGAAACCACCCAGCUCCGAUGGUGGAGCUCGACUGGUCACCUAUCACUUGGAAAAACGUGCUAAUCAGAAAGGCAACUGGGUUCGUGCAACCGAAAGCAAAUUGUCAAUUCCAGAAUCUGAAGUCACCUCUCCACAUAGCGUGAAGGUUACUGGUCUUGUUCCGGACAACCUGUACGAGUUUCGUGUGGCAGUUGAGAAUGCGGAUGGUUUGGUCAGUGAGUUCUCACAACCAAGCCAUCGUAUUUCGACUCAGGUGCCUUACACACUUCCAGGCAAGCCAUCUCGUCCUGCGGUGAAAACUGUCACAGAAAAGUCGGUUACCAUUACUUGGAAAGCCCCGUACGAUGACGGUGGUGACUCCAUAAAGAGAUAUCUUGUACAGUACAGAACGCCGAUAACAGGAAGCUGGGACACUGUCAAUGAAGAGCCGAUCGACACAGGGUUUACUAUUUCAAAUUUACAAUCGGAGCAGGAGUAUGAAUUCCGCGUUGCUGCUGUGAAUGUUGUGGGCGCCGGUCCUUGGUCCGACGUUUCCGAGCCGUGUGUUCCGGAGAAGGCCAUCGAAUCGGCGAAGCCUUGUUUGGUAAAUGCAUUGAGCAAUAUCACAUUGCUGGUCGGUGAAUCCGCGGAGUUAGCUUGUGAAUUCAAGCUUGGCGAACCAAAGGCGAACGUUACAUGGUUCAAAGAUGGUAAAGCAGUUCGCAGUCAAGUGAAAUACUCCACGAGCUCGGCUUGGGAACGACGAGCCACUCUCAAAAUAAAUCGUGCAAAGUUGGAAGAUAGUGGUGUAUUCAAAUGUCAGGCUGCAAACACGUCGGGGUUAGCGGAGACACAAUGCCGCGUGACUGUUUGGUUGAAACCCACGGUUCAGUUAGAUAUGGAUAGAUCUUCAUCCACCGGCGUCAACCAAGUCACCGGAAAAGCAGAGCUCCUCUCCGGGCGUGUCGGUGGUCGACUGGUUUUGAAAGCCACUUGUGAGGCUUCUCCUGUAUGUCACGAAGUAGUUUGGUUCAUCAAAGGGAAUCGCGUAGACUCGGAAUUGCCACCGGAAUUGCUAUCGCGUGUCACAGUAAACGAACCAUCAGCCACAGCAACCCAGAUCAAAACUGUGCCUACGAUGCAACAGUCCUAUCUCACGAUUAACGACCUGCAACUGACCGACAGUGGUGACUUCGGUGUACGCUUCGUAAACUCUGCCGGGUCAGCCCAGAUGGCGUUGCGGUUAAUUCUAUCCGAUCGCCCCCAGCCUCCAUUGUCUGUGAACGUAGGCUCAGCUCAAGGCCCUGACUGGAUUGAUGUGUUAUGGGAGCGCCCUCCAAACGACGGCGGUUCGAAACUGACAGGCUACCUUGUGGAACGGCGCAUCGUAGCUGGCACUGAGGGGCCUGUUAGUAUACGGGACAUGGAGUGGAGAAAUGUUGGACAAGCUGGUCCAUAUGAUGACCGUCUUCGAAUACGCGGAUGUACUCCUAAUGUGGUGUAUUCUUUCCGAGUGUUGGCACAAAACGAUCUCGGCACCAGCGACCCGACGGAAAUUGAUUCACCUUAUCAAAUGAAGGCCUUAAGCGAUGUCCCAUCAUCCCCUACCCACGUAGUGGCAGAGCGCACAACACCUCGUGAAGCCACUGUCCGGUGGGAUGCGCCAGCGGAGUUUGGAGGAGACCAACUUCAAGGUUACUUGGUUGAGGUACGCGAGUCAGUGGACCCAGUGUCCUCACCAGUCUCCAAAUGGACUCAAGCGUCCACCACAUUAGUCCGUUCCGGAACUAUGCUGCGCGUGACUGAUUUGCACCCGAAUAUGGCUGCACAAUUCCGUGUCCGGGCGAAGAACUCUGUUGGAUACAGUGAACCAUCGACUCUUACUGACUGGCUAAAACCUAUUACCAAAGAUGAAACAGGACGAGACGAACUGGACCUCGGACGUGAUUUAUUGAAACGUGAGAAACCCACGCAACCAGAAGAUGCUGGCCAAGAGCCCAAGAGUAUCCUUGAUCAGAUAACUGCCCUUCGAGAAGCUGGAAAGCCAAAGAAAUUGGCGGUCACUGACUUGCCAGGCCUUGAACUACUUACUGGUGAUCAGUACUGUUUACGUCCCGGGAACAAUCUCCGCGUUGGUGUUCGUGUAACCUUCUCCACUCGCGUCACCGUCAAACUUCUCAAAGCAAAUGGACAGGAGCUCAGUGUUUCCGCUCUCGGGCGUUGUCGAGUGGAACAAUUUGGCGAUGACUUUUACGUGAACCUGCGUAACGUGACUCUGGCCGACGCGGGAGCAUAUUUAAUUCAGGCGGAAAAUUCAGCCGGCGUGAACACACUGCCUAUUCGAUUGCUCAUCGUCACUGAGCCAUUGCCACCGACUGGACCGCUUGAUGUGAAGGUGAUUGAGCAGGUGAAAGGGCGCACAGAGGGUGCCACAGUCGAACUAUCAUGGAACCCAUCUCCGCUCCUCUCUGGUGAGGUUGCUGAGUAUACACAACCAGUGCAAGGUUAUAUCGUAGAAAGACGAGACGGGAACCGCCGGAGUCACUUCGGACAUCAGAUACGUUUAGAAGGGCCUGAAAAGUUGAGCACUUGUGUUUCUAAUCUGAAACCCGGAGUGGAAUACGUGUUUCGCGUGUUAUCCUACAAUGCGGUCGGAACCAGUGAACCACUGCUGUCGGAACCACUAGUGUUGAAGGCACCUUUCGGUGUUCCUGAUGCUCCAACUGGUCCCUUAACUUGCUCUGAUAUUUCGGAUGGUUCACUUAAAUUGCAAUGGAAUCAUCCUGAAUAUGACGGUGGCCUACCGGUAAAGCGUUAUCAGCUGGAGAUGAAGGACGUUGGACACCCAGCAGGCUGGAUCCCGCUUACCACUGUACCUGCAGAUAACACGGUUUGUUCCGUCGGACAAUUGCAGCAAGGCUUUGCAUAUCGGUUUCGCGUUAGAGCAGUAAAUGACGAGGGGCCAGGAGAGUGGCUUGAAACGGAAAAGUCGCACUCUUUUCGUCGCCCAGUCACGAAUCCGUCGGAACCGGAGGCGCCUCUUCGAUUGCUACCCGAUGGUGAUAAUGCUGUUCGUCUCAGCUGGCGUCCACCGUUGGACGAUGGGGGCGUGUCCAUCAAGGAUUACAUGAUAGAGGCAUGUCUAGAUCAAGCUGGAAACCAAUGGCAAUACCUGGAUCAUGUUACUGGUUUAGACAAACGGGUGGAUGGUUUGCUUCCCGAUGGAGUUUACACAUUCCGUGUGUCCGCCAGAAAUGAAGCUGACCUUUGUAGUCCUGCACUUUAUUCCGAAGUUUACACGCCAGCGAGACCUACAGCUCCACCUGGUGCACCAAAAGGUCCACUUCGGGCCCGCGGUGUCGGCGUGGGAAAAAUUCAGUUGGACUGGGAGUGCCCUGAAAUUGGUGGUCCACAUGGUUUUGGAGCUCCAGAUGAGUAUCUCAUCGAACGCUAUGACACACGGAAAGCUCGUUGGGCCUACGUGGCUAGACAACCCAGUGCUGUUGGAACAACUGUAGUGGUGUCUGGUUUACAACCCGGAGAUGAGUACCGAUUCCGAGUUCGUGCUGAAAAUCUGGCCGGGGUUGGACCUCCUCUCGAAACCGAGAAGAAGGUUGUCGCCAUCAGUCCAUUUAUCCCUCCGAGUGCACCAGUGGGUCCCCUCAAUAUCUCUGAAGUACAAAGAGGUACGAGCCCAGCAGAUGGAUCUGUUCGUCUAGCAUGGAAGCCACCGGACGAUACUGGAGGGCUACCAAUUUUGCGCUACGUUGCACAGCUCCGUUAUGCGAACACUACUGGGUGGCACCGGAUAAGUCGAAAAGCGCCGGAUACAGAGUCCGAAACUGAAGGUAUUUCCACCACCACAUUGGUCACCGGCUUGAUGGAAUCACAGAAAUACGUUUUUCGGGUCGCAGCAGUCAAUGAGGCUGGAACGGGCAAUUUCCUCGAGUCCGAAAUAUUUGAAAUGCCAAGCGACGAGAGCUGCAAACCCAAAGCAGACUGGAUUCGAGUGGUGGGUAAGGCUGCCGACAGCGUCACUGUGGAAUGGCUCGUACCGCAUGACUGUCGCCUCGAUCAUGGCGCAAAUCGUCCCCACCAUUUGGCGAUAGAUAGCUACAGAGUAUUCGUUCGGCCGGCUUCAGCACCCGGUGCGCCAGAAGCCCCCUGGAAAAUGGUAGCAGAGCUGGACCACUACGUUAACCGCCUGGUGGUCGGGGAUCUACGACAGGAUCGUGCGUAUUAUUUCGGAGUAGCCGUUGUCAACCAGUCGGGGCAAGGAGAAAUCAUUUCUACCAGAGAACCUGUGUCACCCGAAAUUAUAACGACUGUACCAAGUCAACCCGUUGGGCCCCUUCGAGCACAGGACAUCACUGAUGUUUCAUGUACCCUAUCCUGGCUUAGUCCUGCUAGUGACGGUGGCAGCCCUAUACUUGGCUACAGAAUCUAUAAACGGGAAAUGUAUCGCCGAAGUUGGCAGGAGAUUGGUCGAUUAGCUGAGACUCCCGGACUACCAGUGGCGAAGCGUCUGACGUUUCCCGUGCAGUACUUGAUGCAAGCAACAGUUUAUGAGUUUCGGGUAGUUGCAGAGAACAAGAACGGUCUGUCAGAACCCCUAGAUACCCAUGCAAACAUCCACCCGACGAAAGCUAUCGAUGUUCCUGGUCCACCUCGCGGCCCGAUGCGGGUGCGUGAACCUGUGGGUGAACUGGGCUCCGUAGAGCUGACCUGGUCACCACCAACUGAAUCCGGGGGAUCACCAAUCUUAGGUUAUCAAUUGGAGGUGCGUGAGGGGCGCUCAUUCAAUUGGAAGAUUUGUCCUCCCGAUGGUCAACUGGUCUGCGGCGGUCCUGAGCACAAACACCAGCCUUCUUACAUUGUAUCAGGGAUUCAGCCGAAUCGGGAGUACUUCUUCCGUGUUUCGGCCGCAAACAAGGAGGGUGUCGGCGAGCCAUUAACCGCAGAGGACAGUUAUGUUAAGCGUGUCACACUAGCCCCACCUAAAUGCGUAAGGGGACGUCGAUUACCGCAGUCAGAUGACGAGACAAUAUCAUCCAGGCCAAUUUUGCAAGUAGAGUGGAUUGGCCCCCCUACUUCGACACUUGAACCUCAACCCACUGGUUUCAACGUGGAACGACUCGAUAAUGAUUCACGAAUGGCCAACUGGGAACCUGUGGAUUUUGUGCCGAUCAUCGACAGAACACAAGAGAACUACGUCCAUCAGUCCAUUGCUCCAAACUCCACCGGGUGUUAUAAGUUUCGAGUGUCUGCGGUAUAUCCGGAAGGCUGCAGUCAGCCGGUCAUGACCGGGUUAAUUUUAGCUGGUUCAUCUACACCCAGUCGACCUCCGUCUGCAGUCUCCAAAGACUACAUACCGCCUGUUCCUUCAGUUCGGCUCAAGCACGAGACCGGACUGGCAUACGAACUGGAGUGGGAGGAACCCAAAGGAAUUGGAGCAGAUGUCAUCCGUGGAUACAGCAUCGAAGACUGGGAUUCGAAGCGCCAAAAAUGGCAAACCGUUCUUGAUAUUCCGAAAUCUGGCCCUCAGAAAGUUGGCCUGCUUGCACCAGCGUCCUUAGACAAAGAAUACAGCAUGCGAAUAAUAAGUCGGGGCGAAUCUGGUCGUUCAGUCCCCACUGAAUUUAAGAUACAGCCACCAGCCGUUGAAGUAGAAACGAGAGGAUUUGAAUCGCCUACCCUUACUGACUGGAGGAUUCUACCAAGCACCACUGGUCACCCUAGUGAGUUACCCGCGGCCGAUAAGCAUAUAUCGAAAGUAAUGGACGAGAGUGACUUCAGUUUAGAAUUAGCAAUGAUUACCGGAUUCGGCGCAGGAACUCCUGAAGUUGAAGAGUUCGUGCGUCAACGACGACAGCGGACUCAGGAUAUGGUUCGCAGGGAUCUGGCUUCUUCUUUGAGCCAUCGUAGUGCUGCCAGUCAGCAAGCGUUUGAUCGUGGCCUAAUAUGGAGCCCAGAAAUCCCCAUGGACCGAGUAUCGUCACGGACUAGCACACGAACACCCGUUCGGAGCGCGCUGCCCCCUGGGAAGUUGAGUGGCGAGGCGAUCACACCGAAUUCGGUUCGUCUAAGUUGGGCUGACCACGCUAUCGAACCGUACGGUUCAAGAAUACCAGACACUUUUGACGUGCAGAAAUGGGAUGUGCGUAAUUCGAAGUGGAUUCCUGUCGGCCAGGCGAAAUCGGGGACAACGGAGUACACAGUCACGGGACUCGUACCCGAUGACGGCGCAGGAUGGUGGUUCCGUGUGGUUCCAUUGGGUUCCGACGGAAAGCCAUGUGGAGUCCCCCUACAGAUGGAUAUCCCGGUACAUCCUCAACUACGGCACAUCACAGUACCAUCCUCGGUGUGGGGUGUGGAAUUGUCACCAAUUUACACACCCGGUUAUCAGACUCAAGGUUAUAUGGAUGUGAAUUGGAUGCGACCGAGUAAUGACGGAGGUUCCAAGCUUUUGGGUUACCGUCUCAUUGUGUACGAUGUCGACGCGGAAGAAGACCAUGAAAUGCUUAUCAGUCCACAACAAACAAGCGUGCGUCUAGGACCUCUUGACGCAGAUCAUGUCCAUCGCGUAACGAUCACAGCAUACAAUCGCGUGGGCGACUCAGUUCCCGUAACAUCCACCGCACCGUUACGUCCCGGUACCCCUGGACUACCUCUUAAACCCCUCCCACCGACUGACUUUCGAGCGGAUCUUAUCAGUAAAGUUGGAACGGAUCAAUCAAUGUGCAUACUAUCAUGGCGCCCGCCUUCUCGCUCAGAAGCACCCGUUGAUUUCUAUUUGAUUGAAAUGUGGAGCUCUGAAUUAAAACAGUGGGUUCCAUUCAAGAAGGUGCCUGCUACUAUCUAUUCAUUGGAAGUACCCCAUCUCUUAGAUGACGUCGAUUAUGGUUUCAGGAUAAGAUCACAAAAUAUAGCCGGCUUUAGUUCACCGGUGCCUCUACAACAACACAUUCGACCUCGGCUUGCGAAGGAGACUGGUCCGUACAGAUUACCGCUACCACCAGUAAAACCCGUUGGACCAUUGGAAUUGAAGCCCACCAUCACACAAGACGACAGCAUCGCUCAGCUUCGGUCCGCAACGGAUGCUGCUUUCCGCACGUUAGAGCUUAGCUGGGCAUCUUUUCCCAUGGAUACUGAGCUGGGUCCUGUUGCAGGUCCUAUAAGAGCGUACGUCAUCGAAGCAAAACGCAGAGAUCAAAAGUUCUGGUCAUUAUUGAGUAGAAUGCCGGCAACCAAAGUACCAAGUUUGAAGAUUCUCUUUGGUCCCCAGUCUAUGAUUGUAGACCGCGUUAUCAGCUCUUUGCAAACACGACCUGCCUCCGCUCUAACUGUCCACCCCGAAGCCCACCUCAGCGAACGUCUAGUACCGAGCUAUUCCCGUGGCCUUCUGGGUCCUGAUGUUGUUAGUUUGACCGGCGAACCGCGGGAUUAUGAAUUCAGAUUACUGGCUGAGAACGAGUUCGGACGGAGCGAGCCAUUAUAUUGCACCGAGUGGCCCACUGAUUAUUACCGACCCCCACCCAGUUUACCUGACUUCAGUGUAACUUCUUACAUGCCAUUACCAUUGCCUCGAGGUCCUAUUCGAAUCACUCCUAAACCGAGAACGCAGCCCUCAAUGCCGUCAGAUAAGGCCUAUGAGUUACAGCCAGAGUUGGAACUUAUCUGGAACCCUCCUUAUGACACCGAAAGGGUCACCGGAUACGAGGUCCUUUACCGCAGCCCUUACGCUACCCGAUGGCAUCCAUUGGGCAAAGUUGAUGUAACGAAGACGAAAUUUAAACUGCCUAGUCACUUGUUGGAUGAUGUUGCGAAAACUAUUCACGUCGGUGUCCGAACAUACGGAGAAGGAGCACGUGGAGUCGGCACAGUGUCCGACAUCAUGGAGGAAGUGCUGACUAUUCCAAAGAGUGUAUUGCCUACAUUAAAACCCAGAUACAAACCAACCCCCGCAGACGAGCAUCCAUUGCCUCAGCCAUCUGAAGUGCGUGCCAGCAUAUUCACCCCCGGCCCGGAGGCAGCAGAAUUACCUGAACUGAUAAUUGCAUGGCAGCCACCAAGUCACUACACAACUGAAACGGAGACUGGAAGGCCAGAAAAGUAUGCAGUCUUCGCACGACCAUUAGGGCAGGCCGAUUGGAGGGAACUAGAUCGUGUCCCUGCCACCACUACCACCGCACGAGUAAAAUCAUCAAGGCUACCUCCUGGCCGUGAUUUUAUGAUAGGCGUCGCCCCAAUUUCCGGCCUUAAAAUCGGCCCAAUUGUUUCAACUCUGGAUUCAAUAAGGUUGCCUCCUGAGGUGGACAAGACCAGGAUUCUGUUCACCGACUUACAUGGUAGAUCGCCAGCCGCGUCGUUAAUUUUCACUCCUGAAGGACCGGAUGUCGUCAGAGUGCGGUGGAUGCCUCCUGAGGACUUGAGGACAAAACUGGAAACAUUUUCAAUGCGAGACUACCACUUACAAGUGAGACGACCUAGUGACCUCACUUGGCGUUCCAUCCAACAUGAACCCCGUCCAACAGAAACACGUUUGACCAGUCCACAGCCACUCGAUUUCCACGAAUUCAUCGUUGAUCGCCUGCAACCAGGACAGCAGACUGAAAUGAGGAUCGCAGCGCGUCCAACACCUGGUGAAGGCCUCACCCCAGUUACCGAUGUGGUGCCAUACCGCUUACUUCCACCAUACGAUACACCUUCGAAACCAAGAGGACCAUUAGUGGCGGAAAUAAUCCGUGCACCAACCACAAUCGUCCCACGACGUUUCCCCUCUUUCACAAGCAGUUUUGACACAAGUCGUUCAGUUUCCAGUAUACUUUCUGCUGAUAUACCGGAAGGCUUUGCUGUUCAGUUAACGUGGCAUCCCCCAUCUGACACAGGUGGUCUCCCUAUCACCGAAUAUGUGAUCGAACGCCAAGUCGGACCUCUACCAAGCCGUACAAAUGAAUGGAUUCCAUUAUUGACCGUGCCUGGCAGUCAGACAAGUGCGAUGGUUCCCCUACCUCCAGUUCAGCAGCAUAAAGCGCCACUCCAUUCCUAUCAAGUUCGUGCCGUUAAUCGAAUGGGCGCCAGCAGCCCGCUGAGAACGACACGGCCGCUAGUCAUCGAAGGGGUUACUUUACUCCCCUCUUCAAGACCAUCGUCAGGUCUGGAGUCUGAACGACAGUUACCACUCGCUCCACGGGGACCUCUUCGAUAUGAACAACGCGGAUCGGAUUUACACUUGGAAUGGCGACCACCCUCUCCGGACGCUGCGUUGCUCGACCGGCUCUCCUCGCGUCCGGCCACAUACAUUAUUGAGGCUGCUGAAGCCGACAAACCAGAUCUGAAAUGGGUGGAACUAGGCCGUGUGCCUGGAUUACGCACAUCGGCCGAUGUUCCCCUGUUACCGCCUUCCCACUUCAGAACAGAAUCUGGCGAUAGGUUCACUACGGCUGAUCAGGAGUGGUUGACCUGUAGACCCAGUGCAGUUCUGUAUAGGGUCCGUGGAGAAAAUGAAUUCGGAUUCAGUGCACCUUUGGUAACCAGGGUGGAACCACUCUCACCGCCAUUGCGAAGGCGCGAAUCUGUCAUCCACCGGUUACAUUUUGAACCCGGCUAUUUGGAGACCCGGCUGCUAUUGGAUGAUCGUCCUACUCAAAUUCCACGCAUCGAACUCAGAUGGCCCAGGUUAUCAGAUCUGUCUCUUGGGGCACGUGCAUCUCCUACUGUCGGAUAUUUGUUGGAGGCCAGACGUGUGGGUGACAUUGGGUGGCACGCAGUAGGUAUGCUGCCAAUGGGCGAAGAAUCGUUCGUUUAUCGCCCCGAUUUUGAUGUGUAUCAUUCGCCACGUCCUCGUUCUUCCUACGACACAGGUCGUCUUUUUGAGCAGCCCUCACUUCCCAUUCCCAGUGCAACUGCAGAUGCUUAUCAGUUUCGUGUGGCACCCGUGACUCACAAAGGAGUUGGAACCUUCCUUGAAUCAGAUGUAGUAAGCUGGAUCCCUUCAGUUCAACCCGCACGGUUGUCUCGAGGAGCACCAAAAGAGUAUCGUGCCGUAACGUAUCCCUCUCCUGUAGCAAUGCAAACUUCUCCACCUUCAUAUGUGAUACCGACCAUACCGGCCCCAGAGCGAUUUCAGUUAGUUGACGUCAAUGUAGACCAUGUUUUGGAUAGAGGCUUCGUCGGUGAUACUGAGCGAGGUAGUGUAAUACUACGCUGGCAUCCCCCUGCUGGAAUGACAUCCACCUUGAGGUCAACAGCCGAUUUUGUUGUCGAAGCCUGGCGUCCGGAGAGACGUCAGUGGUGGCCCGUAGCUCGUCGUCCGGCUGCGAUUAGUGCGGAGACUGUACCAGGUCGUUUUGAAGUACAAGUUGGAGAUUUGCCGUUGGAUCGCUUGCAUUAUUUCCGUGUGUUGACUCAAACGGCGGAUGGUCGGAGCGAACAUGUCCUGCUUCCCCAUCCAGUCUGGUUGCCUCGUUCGAUUACUGCAAAGCAAG